AUGGCAUCCAACUUCGAACCAGGAACUCGAUGCUGGAUUCCUGAUGAGGCUGAAGGUUGGCUUGGAGUGGAAGUUAAAGAAGUUACCCAUGAAAACAAGAAGUAUCAACUUCAUUUGAUUACAGAUGAUGGUUCGAACGAAAUUAAUUUGGAGUUACCAUCACUCGAUGAUGGCACUAAAAAUCUUCCUUUACCAAGAAAUCAAGUUGAAGCUGUUGAGGAUCUUACAGAGCUCUCUCAUUUGAAUGAACCUUCGGUUCUUAAUGCUAUUCGAACACGUUAUGCGCAGUUGAAUAUAUACACAUAUUCCGGAAUUGUUCUUAUAGCUAUCAAUCCCUUCCAAAGGAACGAUGAGCUCUACUCUCAACAUAGAAUACAGAGGUACGCGUUCAAGCGUCGCGGUGAAGAGGAGCCACAUUUAUUUGCAAUUGCUGAAGAAGCUUAUAGAUGUAUGAUAAAUGAACGUCAGAAUCAGUCGAUCGUCGUUUCCGGUGAAUCUGGUGCCGGUAAGACUGUUUCGGCUAAAUAUAUUAUGAGAUAUUUUGCAUCUGUUGAGACAGAUGAAAAGAAGCAUGACAUGUCUGAUACCGAAAAGCGUAUUUUGGCCACGAAUCCUAUUAUGGAGUCAUUUGGUAACGCCAAAACCACACGAAAUGAUAAUUCAUCCCGAUUUGGUAAAUACUUGGAAAUUCUUUUCGACAAAGAUGUUGUGAUUUGCGGUGCAAGAAUUAGAACAUAUCUUUUGGAGAGAUCUAGAUUGGUGUUCCAGCCCAAAACCGAAAGGAACUACCACAUUUUUUAUCAGAUAAUGGCUGGACUCGAUGCUGACACAAAGAAAGAAUUUGGUUUGUCUUCAAUUGAUGAUUUUCAUUACUUAAAUCAAGGAGGUGCUCCGAUCAUCGACGGCGUUGAUGACAGUAAAGAGUUUGAAGAAACUUGCCGAGCCCUAUCAUUGGUUGGCAUCGAUGAAGUUAAGCAGAAGGAUAUCUUUAAAAUCCUUGCCGGUUUGCUGCACAUCGGUAACAUUAAUAUUCAGAAGACUAGAUCGAGCGCAAUCCUCUCUUCUGAUGAUCCAAACUUGCAAAAAGCAAGUGAAUUAUUGGGAUUGGAUGCGGAGAAUUUUGGUCGUUGGAUCAUCAAGAAGCAAAUCAAUACGCGUUCCGAGAAGAUCAUCUCAAACUUGAACUAUGAACAGUCUGUUGUUGCCAGAGAUUCUGUUUCCAAGUUUAUAUAUGCGUCAUUAUUUGACUGGCUCGUUCAAUUUAUUAAUGCUGAUCUAUGUUCGCCUGAGCUAGAGGACAAGAUUGCAACAUUUAUCGGUGUGUUGGAUAUUUACGGUUUCGAGCAUUUCAAAAAGAACUCGUUUGAACAAUUCUGUAUCAAUUAUGCCAACGAAAAGUUACAACAGGAGUUCACACAGCACGUGUUUAAGCUUGAGCAGGAGGAGUACGUUAAAGAGGAGAUUGAAUGGUCGUUCAUAGAGUUUUCGGAUAACCAGCCAUGUAUCAAUGUGAUUGAGGGCAGACUUGGUGUUUUGGAUCUUUUGGAUGAGGAAGCUCGUCUGCCUUCUGGUAAUGAUCAGCAGUGGAUUGAUAAGAUGUAUCAGUCGUUACUUAAGAAACCCACGGACGAUGUUUUCCACAAGCCACGUUUCAGUAAUGACAAGUUUAUUAUUUCUCACUAUGCUUUGGAUGUGACUUAUGAUUCGGAAGGUUUUAUCGAGAAAAAUAGAGAUACUGUGUCUGACGGGCAACUGGAGACAUUGAAGGCCACUAAAAAUGAGUUACUGGCCGAUAUCCUAUCUACUCUUGAAAAGAAGACCGAGAGCUUAGAUAAGAAGCCAAAACGGAAUAGAAGAAUGGGAGCAAUGAGGAAGCCAACGCUUGGAAAUAUCUUCCGUUCAUCUUUGAUCGAUCUUAUGAAGACAAUCAAUUCCACCAAUGCGCACUAUAUCAGAUGUAUAAAACCAAACGAGGCGAAAAAGGCCUGGGAGUUUGAUCCACUGAUGGUUCUUUCCCAGUUAAGGGCAUGCGGUGUUUUGGAGACCAUUAAAAUUUCUUGUGCGGGAUUCCCUUCGAGAUCCACAUAUCUGGACUUCUUGGUGAACUUUGCAGUUCUCCUUCCUACAGAAGAAAGAGAGCAGUUUUUGAGGGGUGAGGGAACUGUCGAGGAAGCGAAGGCAGCAACCAGAAAGUUGCUGAGUGACAAGAUUAAUGACGAUCACAAGUACCAGAUCGGUAAGACCAAGGUGUUCUUUAAGGCAGGAAUACUUGGUGUGCUGGAAAAGAUGAGGUCGCACAAGAUCAGAGACUCUGCUAUAAUAAUACAAAAGAAUAUGCGUGCUCACUAUAUCCGCAAGCAGUAUUUGGAGGCUAUUAGUUCGUUAUACUCGGCCCAGGCUGCUAUUAGGGGAUAUUUGGCAAGAUCUAGAAUUAGCAGGAUGUUAAAGACCGAGUCUGCAAUCAAGAUCCAAUCGUUGAUUAGAGGAAGUGUUGUGAGAUCCCAGUUCAACAAGGCAAUAUACUCCUUGGUCUUGCUUCAGGCUGCACUUCACGGUGCAUAUGUAAGGAACGACAUUCUCAGAAGCGUGAGAUACCAUUCAGCAAUCUCCAUUCAGUCUGCACUUCGUGGAUUUUCUGCCAGAAAAAGAUAUCAGCACGUUGUCCAUUCGGCCAUUGUCAUUGAAUGUUGUGGCCGGAGAUUGUUGGCUAAGAAGAAGUACAAUAAGCUCCGUGCUGAAGCAAAGUCUUUGAACAAGAUGAAGGAGGUUCAGUAUGGCUUGGAGAACAAGGUGAUUGAGUUGACGCAGAACCUCACAAAUAAGGUCGAAGAGAACAGGAAGUUGAUGUCUCAGAUCGAGGAGUUGCAGCAAGUCCUAGCCACGACUAGAGACCAAGAGACAGAGUUGAAGCAGAAGCAGGUUAAGAUGUCCACUGAGUACAACACAGAGAUCUCGGGUCACCAGAAGAAGGUUGCGGAAUUGAAUGACCAGAUCUCGCAGUUGAAGCAUGAGUACGAGGAUGCCAAGGUGAAGGUGGAGGAAAUGACUAAGGCACAGUCUAAUUUGAGAGAAGAGCUCACGAAGAAUGUCGAGGACUUGAAGAAGGCACAGGAUGAACUUGAUUCGAGCAAAAAGGAGAAUGAAACUCUUCACGGAUCUAUCGAAAGGCUUCAAAAGGACCUCGACAGCUUACAGAAGAGACUUGCCACCGCUGCAGUUGCUGGUGGUGCUGCUGAUGCAUACGUGUCUUCCACAAGUUCGUCACCUGUGCGUAGAAAUGUUCCUAGAUCACCAACAACAGGAAACUUUGAGCCACGCCCAGCUUCCAUAUUUGCAACUGCAAGUAAGGAAGAAAACAGUUUGGAGGCCAUCAAUACGGAGCUUUGGACUUUACUUAAGGAUGCCAAGACUCUUCAUAAGGAAGUUGUUGAAGGCUUGCUAAAGGGACUUCGCUUGCCAGCAGCUUCUGUUGCUUCUGAGCUAACGAGGAAGGAGGUUUUGUUCCCUGCCAGAAUCAUAAUCAUUAUCAUUAGCGAUAUGUGGCGUUUAGGUCUGACACACGAGUCUGAGACAUUUCUCGGCGAGGUUUUGUCUGUCAUUCAGGGAAUUGUUGGCUCUCUUAAAGAUGACGAUGUUAUCGCCCAUGGCUCGUUCUGGUUAACAAAUGUCCAUGAGCUUUACUCAUUUGUUGCAUAUGCUCAAUCUACUAUUAUCGGAAACGAUGCCAUCUCCAAGGACAUGACGGACUCAGAAUACGAUGAGUACCUCAAGUUGGUUGCAGUGGUCAAGGAGGACUUCGAGUCUCUUUCCUACAACAUCUAUAACAUGUGGAUGAAGAAGAUGCUCAAGGGUCUAGAGAAAAAAUGUAUAUCAGCAGUUGUCUUGGCCCAGGCGUUGCCAGGAUUUGUUGCACCUGAGUCUCCAUCACCUCUCAUUUCCAAGAUGUUCCAUAAUGAGCCUAAGUACAAGAUGGAUGACGUGCUUACGUUUUUCAAUACCGUGUACUGGUCUCUGAAGGCAUACUUUGUUGAGCCUCAGGUUAUUAAUAACGUCAUCAUAGAACUUCUUAAGUUUGUGGAUGCCGUCUGCUUCAAUGAUUUGAUUAUGAGAAGAAACUUCCUCUCGUGGAAGAGAGGCCUCCAGUUGAACUAUAAUGUUACCAGACUGGAAGAAUGGUGCAAAGCGCAUGAUAUCCAAGAUGGUUCUACAUACCUGGCGCAUUUAUUGCAGGUUUCCAAGUUGCUACAGCUUAGAAAGAAUACCCCAGAUGACAUUGAAAUCAUCUAUGAGAUAUGUUACGCUUUGAGACCGGUCCAAAUUCAGAAGUUGAUAUCCCAGUAUCAUGUUGCAGAUUACGAGACCCCAAUAUCGCCUGUUGUGACAAAGGCUUUGGCUGAUCGUGUCAAGAAGGAAGGUGGAUCAACUGAUUUCUUUGAGCCAUUGAAUGCGGAGGGUCAUUUCGAAGAUCCAUUCCGUCAUAUUGAGCUUAGACCUUUCCACCGUGUCGAGGCAUAUGUUCCAGCAUGGUUGAAUGUUCCAGUUAUCAGAAGAAUAGUCGAGUUGGUUACAAAGAACGCUACUAUUCAGGAAGCCCUACAAAAGCAACAGGUGCUUAAGCAAGAAGAGAAGGAGGUGGAAGUUUUACAAAGAGUUAGAGAGGAAACUGAGAGCUACGUGGAUGGAAAUGGGUUUUAA